AUGCAAACCUCAAGAGACUCUGGGUUUGAUCAGGAUUAUGCAACCGGUAGUCCUUUGCACGAUACGGAAAACGAUACUCUUUUGAAUAGUGGAACAUAUCCGUCUCAACAAUAUCGAUACCCGAUUUUCUCACGUGCAAUUCCUAAGAAGCUAGUGGUGCUAGCUUUUAUUUCACAAUCACUGGUGAACAUCAUAUUAUCGAUUGCCUGUGUUACUUUGUUUUUAUGGGGUCAAUAUUCAUACCCGGGGAAUAAAGACAGAGACGACACGAUUUUCUACAGCUAUGGGGCGACGGAAAAAUAUAUGACACUCGAUCACAAAUUUGAUUAUUUGUGGUCUGAGACGGGAAAUUCAUCUUUGAUUAGAAUAGAUGAUUUGGAUCAGCAACGAACUGUUGAAUCUAUUAGCAUGUAA